AUGUCGUCGGCCUUCCCUCCCACGGCGGAGGUGAACUCGCUGAUCAACACCGUUCGGAGCCAUACGCUCAAGAACAAGACCCUCUCCCAUAUAUGCGCCACGAAUGGCCUCAAGAGCGGCGGGGUCAAGGCCGACAUGCAGAACCGCAUUGUUACUCGAAUCAAUCACUUCGUCCAACAGGCAGACACUGUCAACUUCCGAGCGAUCCAAGCCAGUAUCCUCCGAGAGGCCCCGCCUACUACCGCAGCCUCGGCGUCGCCAUCCUACACCACUGGCUACAUCUCAAGUUCGCCGUCUCGGUCGUCGCCCCAGGCACACGCAUACCAGAUGCCCAACUACAACUACUCGAACGGCUACGGCGCGGGGAUGAAUGGGCACAGGGUGCAGCCAGCCUCAUCGCAGCCUGGUAUGCGACCUGACCCGUCACUCCCUUCUUUCUGGCCCGGUUUAGUAACAACAGCAGGUCUGCUCUUCAAGACGAGUCCUUUCUAUGAGAUAGACUCCCUUGUCGGCGAUGUUCGCACUUGUGAAGUCAUGACCCAGCACAGAAACUCGAUCAACAUCCCAAUUAAGCUGAACAGCUUUCCAGUCUUGCAAAAGUGCGUCAAUAACCCAUCGAUGAGAGUGAUGGUGUUCUGUGCUUCUGGCAAUGCUGGAGCCCAAGACAUCGCUUUCCCCCACCAGUGCGAGAUUAAGGUCAACGGUGGAGAGGUCAAGGCCAACCUGCGUGGUCUGAAGAACAAGCCGGGCUCUACACGGCCUGUCGACAUCACGGAAUUGCUUCGUCUCAAAGUCCCGAACUACAACAACAACAUCGAGUUCAUCUAUGCACUCACCCAGAAGAAGUUCUAUGUCGGGCUCUACGUGUGCAAGACACAUUCUGCCGCGGAGCUCGUUUCUAGGAUCGAGCAUCACCACAGGAUUUCCAAGAACUCCGUCAUCAUGGAGAUCUGCAAAACUGCUCAGGACCAGGACGUCCUUGCAACAUCUCAAGUCCUCUCUCUAAAGUGCCCACUGUCAUACAUGAGGCUUGAUCUCCCGGUCCGUUCACUGUCGUGCAAGCACAUACAGUGCUUCGACGCCACCUCGUAUCUGCAAUUGCAGGAGCAGGGUCCGCAGUGGCUUUGUCCAAUCUGCAACAAGCCCGCCCCUUUCGCCAACUUGGCGGUCGAUGAGUAUGUCAAAGACAUAUUGGCCAACACGUCUAAGAAUGUUGAAUCGAUCGCUAUUGAGGAGGACGGCUCUUGGCAUGUCAAGAGCACGGAGGAGGAGGAAGACGACAACUCCGAAACCAACGAUGCGAGCUACCUGCUCGAUGACGACGAUCUCAUCAUCACCUCUGAUUUCAGCUUUUCUGCAAAUCGGAGUACUGCCACUCCAACCCGAGCCGCCCCUCUGCUUGGCACUCCCAACACGGGUGCUUCUCGUGAAGGCUCUUCCAUGCCUAGAGCGCCUGGAAGCGCCAAACGACCGGCAGCGCAGGUUAUUGACCUGACUCUGUCGGACGAUGACGAGCCUGUGCAGCCUCCGGCCAAGCGUCAACAUCUCAGCGGCGCCAAUGGCUUCCACUGA